UCAGUCUCUGCGUUGCCCCGUCGCGUGUGCCGCCUCUGAGCACCUUGGCCUGUGACGAUGAGGUGGCGCUGAGCCUGCGCUGAGGUUUGUUGCUUUCUUCGGCGAUUCUUCCCUUUUUCUCGACAAGAUUUUCUCUUGUUUCCAAAAGUCGCCGGUGAAAAGCGAGAAGUUCUUGCCGGUGAUUUCCAGGAUUUUCCCCGUGGUGCAGACAGACCCGGCUCGAGACGACCGACACCGGCGGUGACCUCUGCACUUGUGACGGCGCUGCCUUCUGAGAAAAAGCGGCGAGAGAAGACACCAACGGUUGAUCGUCCGCGAACGCGACUGGUCGUUUUCUCUCGCUGUUCAAACGCGUGAUAAGAGGAAUCUACAGACCAUGCGUCGAAGCACUCCGAUGGAAUAAGCUUGAUGUCGUCGGAUGUUGAAAUCCUACACUUUCAGCUGAAAGGCUGAGCAAAGAAAACCUUGUCAAUCGGAACGUCAUUCCGGACGCAGACAGUCGAGAGGACCGAGUGUUUCCAAAAUUCCCCCUAAUUUUUCUUUUCUUGUGCACUUCAAAAGGCCCUCUUGAAGCAAAUUCCUUGUUACGCGUCUCUCCGCUGUUCCCGGCUGCCCUUCUCUCGUUCUCUCCCGCGCCACUGCUUCCAGUCUCCUCUUCAGCCGAAAGAAGCGAUUGAUCCCCGGGUCGCUUCGUUUUUCCCCGAGAGCUUGCUCACGCAUUUCAUCUCCGUGUCUUCUCUUCUUCUGCACACCGUUGGAGAGUCGCGCCGAUCGGAAGAAACAGAGGACUGGCAGACGACUCCUCCCCGUUUCUCCUCUCCUCUGUCAGGACUCACAUAUCAUCUACCUCUCGGACGUUCUUCUUCCUCUCCCUAUCUUAUCUCUCGCCUCUCUCCUCCCUUCGCUCUCUCCUCCCUUCGCUCUCUCCUCCCUUCUCUCUCUCCUCCCUUCUCUCUCUCCUCCCUUCGCUCUCUCCUCCCUUCUCUCUCUCCUCCCUUCGCUCUCUUUUCCUUUUCUCCCUGUUCCUUUUUCUUUCUUUUCCUUUUUCUUUCUUCUCUUCCUCCCUCCGUUUUCACACUGAGGCUCUUGAAGGAGCGACCGCCGACGCGGAAGCGCGCGUUCCAGUGAAGAGGAGUUUCUCCAGAGACUCGAAAGUCUCCCGAGCGCUCCAGCCGGGAGACAUGACGCGCUCGGCAUCGCGGCCUCGAGACGCAGCUGCAAUGGGAGACAGGGAAGUGGACGACGAUAAAAAGUACGAGGCCGAGCAGUCUCCGCCGACUCUUCCAAGAAGGUCGAAGGAGCUCGACUCUCAGAGCGAAGGCGAGAAGGAGAGAGAGGCGAUGUGCAGAGGCCAGCCUGGUGCGCAGACGAAGCCGGAGGCAGAGGCCGACAAGGGAGGGGAAGGAGAGGAGAGACUCGCCGCCGGCGAAAAGAGAGAGGCGCGCUGCGCGUCCUCGUCCGGGUCAACUGCUGCGGCGAGAGAUUCCAGAACAAAAUGCAAAGCCGGAACAAGCGUCGUGUGGGCCAAAGACGUGGAAGACGCCCUCGUUGCUGCAUGCGUCAAAGUCUUGAAUUACAGCGCGAGAAAAGACCUGGAGCGACGUACGCGCUCCGGAACUGGCACCGAGGAGAAAGGCCAUAUCGACUGCUACGACGACGCCCCCCGUCGGCACGAGCCGUCGAGCGAGUCGCAUUCGCAUGCAGCGCCGCCGCAAGCAAACACGCAUGCCGGUUCCUGCAGUGACAAAGACUCUUCGAAAGACUCGUCCAAAGAGUCUCCUCACUCCCACAAAAAAGCCUCGGAGGUUUCACGCUGCUAUCAGAGUCCUUGCGGCUGUCCUUCUCAUUCUCCUGCUGCUGCCGGUUGCUCUUCUUCGUCUACUGCGGUGUGCGGCGAGUUUCCCCAUCCUCCGGUGUAUCGGUUUCAGAAGGACGGAGAAGACGGCAUUGGAGCAAUGCUGGAUGAAUGGACCUCUCUCGAGAAGCUGCGGGAAAUCGCGGGGCCUGUCGCGGAGAGGGCAGCGACUGUCUACGACAAUGUGAAGGCCAAAGGCGAAGCAGAAGGAUUCGAGCUGUCGGACGCGGAGGAGAAGCAGCUGAGACACGAUGUGCUUAAGGAGGCUCUGAUUCGCGAAAUUUACUCACGGAUCUGCACAGAGCUUCGGCGCGAGCGGCUGCGCGAUUGCCGAGAAGGUGGACUGUUGGCAAAUCCGAAGGGAUAUCGCGAAGGGCCACUGAGCUUCUUGACAAACGAAACUGUCCACGACCUGAUGAAGAAAGGCUUUGCUGUCCAGCGCGGCUUCCUCGGGGAAAAGAUGCGUCAAAAGAUCUGGAAAGAGACAGAGCUGCUGGAGUUCGACGGGCGUUUCAACGAGGUGUUCUCUCAGUCGCUGCACGACCUGCGAUCGGACUACAUGUGCUGGAUGAGUGCCUCGGAUCUUGAUCGCGAGACUCAACAGGGCCUCUGGCAGCUCUUCAAAGCGAUGCAGGCGCUGCCUUUUGAGCUGAACAAAAAGGCGUCUCUCUGUCUGCAAGUUUCCUGGGUCUUUCAAAUGGCCAUGUUUCGCGCAGACGGCGCCUUCUACAAGAAGCACAUCGACGCGGGAUACGACCCUGCUCUCGACAAUGGAAGAAAAGUCACAGCGAUCUACUAUCCGAAUCCUCCAGAUUGGGAGGCAAAAGACGGCGGCUUCCUGCGCAUCUAUCCACGCCGGCGAAAGGACAUUCAGUUGCAGGAAGACUCAGCUGCAGGCCCUGCAGACGCGGAGCCUUUGGUGGACAUCAAACCGCUCGGAGACACUCUCGUCCUUUUUCGGAGUCGCGAUAUGCCUCACGAGGUGCUUCCUUGUCAUCGCAAGCGGUUCGCCAUCUCUCUUUGGAUGACAGGUCCAGCCGGUCCUGGGGACGACGUUUGAAGCUUCCACUUUCGUCUUUCUUGUGCAACUUCUCCCCUCGUUUUUCAGCGCCUUCCGACUUCUCUUGCCGCUCUCUUUGCCGUUCUUCUUUGUGUGGCGUUUUUCGUUUUUCUCCCCUCUUUCGCUCUGUGACUGUGGCCGCUCUCGUCGUCCCCUUCUGCUUCGGCGACUCUUCUCUCAUCUCGCUUGUUUCCGAACUCGUUCCUCCUCGCUGUUGCUUUUCUGCUCGCCCCGUUCCGGGUCGUUCCCUGUGGUGGCUUCUGUCGUCUCUUCGCGGGCAAGGUGCCUCUCUCAAAGGCUUCUAUGCUUUUCAACAAGAGAAAAAGUUUGACUCCACAGAAAACGACACAAACUCGAAACGCGCAGCCAAUCGCUUAGCCUACAGUUCCCACAAACAGCUUGUGAAAUGUACAGUCAGAGCAUGUAACGGACCAGACGCGCGUUUCUCGGCUGACUUCGCGAAAUUUCUACUCGUCUUCGCGGAUGUCCUUCCUGCUGCGGAAGAGGUCUCCUCGUCUCCGCUACACACACCAUCCUAGCCUUGUCUCUUUCCGACCCCGCAGUUUCCCUCUCCAUCGAUCUCUCUCCUCAGAUCUGCGAGUGUCUGUAUGCGUCGCGCCCUUCCAGAUGUGUGCUCCGAAACGCAGAAAAUGGCAUGUACCUCUACAUGCAUG